AUGGAAGACUUAAAGAAACUUCCCCAAGACUUACAGACUCAAGAAAACGUUGAUCGCCUGAAGAAGCUCCACCUCCAACAAGGUUCUGCAGGUAACGAACUCACUUUUUUUGGUGUUCAACUAAAGGAACGUUGGUGUUGGGGACGUAGUGUAGUGCGUAGAGGGUGUAGACUAGCAAAUAUUUGCGUGCUGAUAACUGACGAGCCAGCAAGGCGGACUUCAGCUGCUUCGAAAAGGUCUUACACGGAAAUGCUCGGCACACCUCCUACGCUAUCGAAGCUUGGCGAACCCGGUGACAAACAUCAGAAAAAAAGAACCUCGAAUAAUCGCCCAGAAAAAGCGUCGAGCACUGAGCAAGCAGUCUCAGAAACGUCUAUAACUUCCGAAUCCACUCAACAAUUCACAUCCCAACUAUCAAAAGACACUGAUAAUUCACUCCCUGCAGAUUUCUUUGAUGCUUCUAAAAAUGACCCCGCUCCGGCAACAGUCGAUGAGUCCGAGUGGCAACUAUUUCAGAAACUAAUAACUAAAGAAACAGAAGUAUCAAACGAAAUAGCUGAUGCGGACGAAGAAGAAUUACAGCGAGACAGGGAUGAAAUGCAAGAGAGAGAACACGACAUGUGUCUGAGUAGGUUGGAGAAAUUAAAGCAGGCUGCCAAGAUGGUCAAAGAGAAGCGAGAAGGGCAGAUGGUCGUUGAGAGAGGCACA